UCGAUACUUGAAUAUUGUUUCAAAUUGUUUACGGAUUGUCAAAUAACCCACGUGCAUUGAAUUUGUGUUAAAAAUAAAAAGAAAUGGAUUUAAAUCUAAUCAUCUAUAAUGAUGGAUUUGAUUUGGAUAAAUCCAUCAUGAAAUUGAUCGAAUCCUGUCUUAAGUUCGAUUACAAACGAAUAGCAUUAGCUGUUCAAAUUACUGGUUGUGGUAAAGAUGUGAAAAUUCCAAUUCCACCAACUAUUAAACUUCGAGGUAAUCAAAAAAAUAUAAAAAUUUACACACGAUUAACUGUCCAAAUCGAAGAUUCUAACAGUUUAUUUCAUUUGUCAAAAAAUGAAAACCUAAAACAUUACGACAUAUUGGCUAUCGAACCAAUGAAUGAAAAGAUUCUCAAUUAUUUGAAUGGUGGAAAUUUUGAAUUCGAUAUUCUCACAUUUAGUUCGAUUAAUUCGUCAAUUGUGAAUAUGAUAAAAAAGGCCAAUUUUUCACUGCCCAUUUCAAAAGGAAUUGGUAUUGAAAUCAAUUAUUCAAAUUGCCUGUCAAGUUCAUCACAACGUCGACAAACUAUAGCAUUUGGACAGAUGUUAGUCGAUAAGACCAGGUCAAAGAAUAUAAUCCUAUCAAGUGGAACCAGUAUUGCUACGAACAUUAGAUCUCCACAUGAUGUCAUCUACAUUGGUCUAUUGUUCGGCCUACAAGAAAAUCAAAGUAAACGUUCAUUAUAUAAAAAUACGGAAACUGUUAUCAAACAUUCAGAAUUACGACGAAAUAUCAUCACAAGUAUUAUUGUUAUUGAUGAUUUAAUUAAUAAUAAUAAUAAUGAUGGUGGUGGUGAUAAUAAUAAUGAUAAUAUUUACGAUGAAUUAUGUGCAAUGGAUGAAAAUUUGAAAACAUCAAAAACGUCGUCCAGUGGGAUAAAACGUUCGCAGCCAUCAAUCGAAACAAAUUCAUCAACAAUAAUCAAAACCAUACCGGAAGCGAAGAAACAGAAAACUUAAUCCAUUUUGAUGAUUUAUAUUAUUUGUCUACAUCGGUUUUAUAACGUCGUGAUUGUCGUUUACUACUUGAACUUUCACUUGCAUUCUAUAAAUAUAUUUUGUUCAUUAUUAUUAAUAAUAAUAAUAAAGUUAAAAAAAUAAAUUUAAUCACAAAAAAAAA